UCCGCUGGUGGGACGCCCGCCGCCGGAUGCCCUGCAUCCGCACCCUCCUUGGCCUCCUGGCGGCCCUGGCGUCCUGUGGCGCCGUCGCCUUCCUGGGCUACUGCGUUUACUUCGACUGGAAGCGGCGUGGCGACCCCGCCUUCAAGCGCCGCCUGCGGGACAAAAGAAGAGCCCAGCCUCCAAAGGCUGAUGGACCCGGCGCCCAGCAGUGGGAUCCAGCAAGGAAUGAAAAGUUGCAAGAACUUUUUCUGCACGAAGUACGAAUGGGAGAGCUUUGGCUAUCUAGAGGAGAGCACAGAAUGGGGGUUGAACAUCUCAGCAAUGCCCUUUCAAUGUGUGGGCAACCACGGGAACUUGUGAAGGUUUUUAAACACACACUCCCUCCCAAGGUAUUUGAGAUGCUGUUACAUAAAAUUCCCCUGAUUUGCCAGCAAUUUGAGGCAGACAUGAAUGAACAGGAAUACUUGGAAGAUGAUCCUGAUUGAAAAAACAUUCAACGUAUCCAGUCCAGUCCGAAUACUAUGUUAUGAUAUAGCAUAAACAACUGCGCAGUGAUAUUUCCAUUUAUUUAACUUUUAGAAAUAAAAAUUGUUUCUAUCUCA